AUGAGCUCUAGGGCAUGCUAUCUGAACUCGCUACGAAAAUCGGAGCCCCGGACUGUCAAUGUAAUUCAAGCAGUGCCCGCUGAAACCGGUACGGAUGUGGAGAUGAUCGACGCCCCUGAACAAGGGCAUACCUCUGAACAAGAGAAAGAUGUCAUAAUGGAAGAGGCUCCUGAACAAGGACACCCUCUUGACGAGUUAGACCCCCGAAUAAUUGAUUAUGAACCAAACGCGACCCCAAUGGAAGAACUGGAAACUUUCCCAGUCAAUCCAGAAGACCCCAAUCAAGUCUUGCGCAUAGGGAAGUCAUUAUCGCCUGAAGCAAGAAUUGAGAUGAUACGAUUCCUGAAAGAAAACCUAGAUGUCUUCGCAUGGAAACAUGAGGAUAUGGUGGGGAUAGAUCCCAGGAUCAGUUGCCAUCACCUUAACUUCAACCCCUCUUAUGCCCCCCAUAGACAGAAGAGACGCGCGCUGAAUCCGGAACGAUACGAGGCACUGAAAGACGAAGUAAGUAAACUCGAUCAUAGUGGUUUCAUCAGAGAGGUCAUAUACCCGAAGUGGAUAUCCAACCCGGUUCUGGUGAAAAAGUCGAGCGGGAAAUGGAGGGUCUGUGUGGACUUCACAAACCUGAAUAAGGCAUGCCCCAAGGACAGCUUCCCACUUCCAAGAAUUGAUCAACUGUUCUUGGGAUACAUUGUAAAUCAGAGAGGAAUUGAGGCAAACCCUGCAAAGGUGGCGGCUAUAAUAGAAAUGAGUUCACCUCAGAAGCCAAAGGAGGUUCAAAGUCUCAAUGGCCGGAUAGCCGCUCUCAGCCGCUUCAUCUCCCGAGCCACUGAUAAAAGCUUGCCUUUCUUCAAAAUAUUAAAGCAAGGAAAGAGAUUCCAGUGGACUUCGGAGUGCCAAGAGGCCUUCGAGUCUCUGAAGAAGCACCUCGGUGAAUCGCCCCUCCUAUCAAAACCCCAUCCAGAUGAACCUCUGUUGCUGUAUCUAGCAGUGUCAGAUGUUGCAGUCAGCGCGGUCCUAGCCAGGGAAGAAAAUGAGCGUCAAUUGCCGGUAUAUUACAUCAGCAAAGCACUUCUGCCAGCGGAAACACGCUACUCCGACAUGGAAAAACUGGCACUCGCACUCAUUACAGCUUCAAGAAAACUCAGGCCGUAUUUCCAAGCUCACACAAUACAAGUCCUCACCAAUUUCCCUUUAAGGCAAGUAAUGCAGAAGACGGACGCGUCAGGACGCCUACUGAAAUGGGCUAUCGAGCUCAGCGAGUUCGAUCUCACGUUCCGACCUAGACACGCUAUCAAGGGCCAGGCCCUUGCCGAUUUUAUGGUCGAAUUUACCAAAGCCCCAGAAAUGGAGGCCCUGAUGGAACCAGCCGAGCCCCCCGCAUGGAAAUUGUUUGUAGAUGGGUCUUCAGGAGAGGCAGGCGCAGGGGCAGGAAUUGUACUGGAAAGCCCGGAAGGUCAUUUGUUGAAUUGUGCGGUAAGAUUCGGCUUCAGAGCCUCGAACAACGUAGCCGAAUAUGAGGCCCUUCUAGCAGGACUAAGGCUCGCCAAGGAAAUGCAAGCCAGGAAGCUUCUGGCAAGCAGUGAUUCUCAGCUCGUGGUGAAUCAAGUAAAUGGGGACUUCGCGGCCAAAGAUGAUAACAUGCUCGCAUACUUGAAGCUGGUUCUGGACAUAAUUCCCCAUUUCGAAAAAUUCGAACUGACUCAAGUCCCUCGUCUGGAGAAUGCUCAUGCAGAUGCCCUCUCAAAAUUGGCCAGCAACGUGAACUCAGAGCUUCUAAACAUCGUCCCCAUUGAGCACUUAUCAAAGCCCUCCACCUUCGAAGGUGAGGAGUUGCUGUGGAUAGAAGUCACCCCAUUGUGGACGCAGCCCAUAAUGGCGUAUCUAAAAGAGCAAACGCUGCCUGCUUCCAGGAGUGAAGCAAGGAAGUUAAGGAGAAGGGCCGAACACUUCGUCCUCCACGAAGGAACCCUUUACAAGAGAGGCUUUGCCUCUCCCCUUCUUCGAUGUGUGGGCGGCGAAGAGGCCACCUACGUACUCAGAGAAAUACAUGAAGGGAUCUGCGGAAAUCACUCAGGAGGGACGGCUCUGGCACACAAGAGCCUCUCCAUAGUGACCAGCCCUUGGCCGUUCGCCAAGUGGGGCAUCGACUUCAUUGGUCCGCUACCAAAGGGUAGAGGGAGCGCAACUUUUGCCAUUGUCGCCAUCGACUACUUCACUAAGUGGGUCGAGGCAGAACCCCUUGCCCGAAUCACCGAAGCCAACACUACGAAGUUCGUUUGGAAAAACGUCAUCUGCAGGUUCGGCAUCCCUCACUCCAUUGUCUCUGAUAAUGGGCGGCAGUUCGACAACAGGAAGAUGCGAGAGUUAUGCGACGAACUAGGCAUAAAGAAAGACUUCUCGACUCCGCAUCAUCCUCAGGCAAAUGGACAGGUCGAAGCAGUGAACAAGACUAUCAAGCACACCCUGAAAAGGAAACUGGAUGCCUCAAAAGGCGCAUGGGUUGACGAACUCCCCCACGUCCUCUGGGCCAUCAGAACGACUUGCCGGACCGCAACGGGUGAGACCCCAUUCUCAAUGACCUACGGAGCCGAAGCGAUGAGUCCGAUCGAGGUCGGUGUCCCAUCACAUCGGCGGAUACAUUUCAAUGAGAUCAGCAACGAUGAGGCGCGCAUAAAUGAACUACACCUCCUUGAGGAGAAGAGAGACGCUUCCCAGAUGACCUUAGCGAAAUACCAUCGUAAGAUGACCCGCUUUUACAACUCCAAGGUUAGAAACAGAACUCUCCGCUUGGGCGACCUUGUUCUCAAAAGGGUGUUCCAAUCUUCGAAACCAACCGGGUCAGGAGUUUUUAGCCCAAACUGGGAAGGCCCGUACCGCAUUCGGGGAGAAUCCCGACCUGGUACUUUCGAGGUCGAAGAUAUGUCUGGAAGGGUGUUACCUCACAAGUGGAACAUAGAGCACUUGAGAAAAUAUUACCAGUAA